AUGUUUGGUAAGCGAGUGGCCGUCGAUAACGUCAGCUUUUCGGUGCCGAGAGGAGAGUGUUUCGGUCUGUUGGGUGUGAACGGCGCCGGAAAGACCACUUUAUUCCGGAUACUGACCGGUCAAGAAAAGCCGACCACCGGUCAGGCGGAGAUCAACGGACGCGAUAUACGCCAAAUCCUGUCGUCAGAUCAUCAGUCCCUCGGCUACUGUCCACAGGGAGACGCUCUGGACUUUGUGCUCACGCCUUACGAACACCUGACUAUUUAUGCACAUCUCAGGGGAAUACCCACUCAACACAUCCCAACUAUUGUGAACGAAUCGUUGGCAAAGUUCCAACUGAUGCCACACUCGCAGAUGACGGUACUGACGCUGAGUCGCGGCAAUCGCCGCAAACUAUGUCUGGCCAUCGCUAUGUUAGGCAAUCCACAGUUGGUUCUGUUGGAUGAGCCAACCAGUGGUCUCGACCCACAGAGUAGACGAUACAUCUGUCAGAAUAUACAGAAUGCCAUUCGCGACCGGCGGUCAAUACUCUUGACUUCGCACAGUAUGGAGGAGUGCGAUAUCCUAUGCUCCCGACUGGCCAUUAUGGUCAACGGCCGCUUCAAAUGCAUCGGAAGCCCACAGUAUUUGAAACAUAAUAUUUUUGAUUAUCUCCAAAAAGCUCAACAAAGUCUCAAUUUGCAAGACUUUUCCGUCAGUCAGACGACGUUAGAUCAGGUUUUCGUGAGUUUCGCGAACCAACAGAUCAAUGACUAUCAGUCGCCGAUUCCGACCAAACAGAACGCCGUUUACUCGAACCCGGCGUUCAUCAGUUCCGCGGUAGACGUCAAUCACCAGAACGGCGGACACAAUCACAAGCGAAAGCCGUCGUCUGGAGGCCACGAGAUCGCCGUCAGAAGUCGGGCCCGUUUGCCGUCGACGCACCCGACCGGCGGCCCGGAGGACAGCAAUCACUACAACAUAAGGGCCGCCACACGGAAAGUGAAUUACUGGAACAUCAGUGAAAACACGACUAAAUUUUAAAUUAAUUUGUUUUUUAUAUUCAAUUCAAUCUCAAAACCAAAACACACUUUUCAUUACUAUUUCAAAC